AAGCUCCAAGAUUUAUCAAAGUUUCCUUGGCAGAAAUUCGAUGGAUUGUUCAACUGGACAAUGACUUAUCGUGAAGAUUCGGACAUACCGGUACGUUAUGGGCACAUCUGUGAAGGAACUUUACCAGUUAAGACUCAUGACAACGACUUCCUUGAAAAAAAAGAUAAAGAUGUUGUUUGGAUCGUGAGCAAUUGCCACACACUGAGUAAGAGAGAAGAAUACGUUCGAAAAUUGAAAGCUUUCAUUUCUGUGGAUAUUUAUGGAAAAUGUGGAGACAAAGUUUGUCUUCCAACACAGUCAGCAAAAUGCUACGAAGACAUUUUAAGAACAUACAAGUUUUACUUAGCAUUUGAGAAUUCGAUAUGUAAAGACUACGUAACAGAAAAAUUUUUCAAUGUGUUGAACUUCGAGAUUAUGCCGUUAACGCUCGGUGGAGCGAACUACAGUCGUUUCGCUCCUCCAGGAUCUUUCAUCAACGCUAUGGAUUAUCCAGAUCCAAGGAAACUGGCUGAGCACUUGAAGUUUAUUGGAUCUAAUA